AUGGUUGGCAUGGUGUGCCCUUACUCCACUCAUCCUCUUAUGAUCAGUAGUACUAUUUCUGCUUUGCCAUGGUGGACAUCCUAUAAUGUCAGUGAAACAAUGCGGCAGUGGCUUUCGACUACUAUACAAGAACAUGCAAAAUGCAGAUUAGGCACCAGGUUUUGCGCCUUGAACCAAAAAUGCAUUUCCUCUGACGAGGCGUGCACCAUCCAUCUUACCAAUGAAAUGUUAAAGAACAUGACCAACACACCCUGGUGUGCAACUUGUGAAUCUGGAAAAUACUUUUGCCCAUUAUUCAUGCAGUGCAUUAAUGAAAGUUUAAAGUGCUCAUAUGAGAACUUGUUUGAAUGGCAGAAAAAGAACAAUUUUAGUGUGGGACCAUUUGGGAUGGAGUGUGGUGAAAAUGAGACUUUCUGUAUUCACAACAUGAGCUGCAUCCCAAACAACACUGAAUGUGUUUUGCCAGACAUAAAAUACACAGCUUCACAAAAGAAGGCUGAAAUUGCUUGUGACGCAAUAAGUGGCCAAGUCUUCUGUCCCUACACGUCAUCCUGCAAGAAUACAUCUGAUUGUAAACCUGCCCCAUUUGCAAACUACAGUGAGGCACUGGAAAAUGAUGCUUUGGGAGGUAUGAAUACCAGAUCGUGUCAGACUGUCCAACCUUCUUAGUAUGUAAAAGCGGGAUAUUUUGUAAUCACCAUCAAAUCAUGCCAGCGUUGAAGGUGUGAGCCGCAAGGGACAUGCUUCCGCCAGUAAAUAUUGAAAUCUUGUUGCUCUGAAAAUGCCAUUUUUGGAGUUCUGAAAGGUCAACUUCUUUCUAAAACGCUCACUAAAAUUGUCAUUUUCUAUGCUAGGGCACUCUGUUAGGUGUUCUAAUAAAAAAAAAGCACUUGAAGGUUGUGAGAGGACAUUUAGAGCAAAAUGAGCACCUUUAAAGUAAAAAAAAAAAUGGUCAUGUUGAUUCUUCUUGUGUUAGAACAAGAAGUCUAUAGAGUCUAAGGGAGAACAGUUGAUUAGAGGGAAAUUUCAUGCAAUUUUGUUUUUCCAUUUUAGGGUGGGCCCAUCUAUGUCAGAUGAGGAACCUGGUUUGUCCAAAGGUAUCUCGUGCCGUUGUAAAAUGUGCAGAAGCCCGUGACAGAUUUGACUGCAAGUAUGUUAAAUAUUAUUAUUAUUUUACUCAGCCAUUCUUUAACCUCUUGUUUGCUCAUUUGUUUCACUUUUGAUAUCUCACUCUUACUUUUUUUGUAAUCAUCACUCUUACUUAAUGGAUAUAAUUUCCUGAGAAUUAGGGAUCUCUCCUUUUUGUGCCAUCUCCUAUGAAACUGAUAGUUGUCUUGAGAGGAAUCUUAGGCUUGUAUGGGGUGUCCUCUUUGACAAUCACUUUGCAGCUCGAGAUUAAAAUGGUCUUUACUUAAAGCACCACUUGCACAGAUACACUUAAGGUCUCGGUAAAGGAAAACGAGGUGCCCACAGAAAAAAAUUCUAGUCGCGCGAGUAUUUUCGCUACAAAGGCAAGUUAUAUAUCAAAUUAAAGCUAAAAGACUAAAUUACCUUAUAAAAGAUUUUAUUUUAUCGAAUUUCAAAAGGCGCUUAAGUUUUUUGCUCUCGAACUCAGAGGUAUCGAGUUUACUGCUGAAGCUCCAGCCCUUUCGCGUUGUUAAAUAUUCACUUCCUUUUUAUUGCGUCUGAUUGACAGAUAAAAGACCUAAAAAAGGGUGUGAGGAAAUUUGCAUAUGUCUCGUAUUAGCGGAAUUAUUGCAUUUCAAACUAAAAAGUCGAAUCUCGAGUGCGAUUUACGCAAAGAAACUGACAUAAAAUGAGUUACAAAGGGAAAUCAGAAAAUUCCUCACACCCUUUUUGAGUCUAUAUCAUUAUCCAUCAUAUCUGAAAGUUUCAAAGCGAUAGCUUAAAACCUGUCCCGACUGGAGGUCGGAGAAUUUUGAUUUUUGUGUCUAAAAUAGAGUGAGAGAAAAUCAGCUCUAAAGAUUUAGCGCGAGGUCCAUGCUUGGCUGGUUAGCGCAGAAAAGGCUCAUUUUAGAACGGUUAAAAAGCACUUUCUGAUUUUCUUUUUCUGCCAAAAUAAAAUUUAGGACCCACUCAUGCCAAAAAUCCAAAAAAAACAAAAUCGAGCAAUGUACUAAAAUUUUCAUUUACCGAGACCUUAAGCUGGUAUCUUUAGAGACUAGAAGACACUUCUUCUCAAAACAUAUCUGUUCACCUUGGCCAUGACAUGUACAUGCUUUUCUUUGUCUGUACAAGGAGCCACCUCCUUCGUAUACCUGCCAAGUGUUAUGCCUGCAGAUCGAAAAACUUUGAUCUCAUGCCUACUCGUGGCUGUGCAGGGUGCAAAGAAAAUCAUUUUUAUAGCUUGCCCUUCGGGCAAGCUGAAGGCAGCAUUUACUAGCCCAGACAUCAUUUGAACUAGCCCCAAAAGCUUUUUGACGAGCAGAAUUGAUUUCACAGUUCUUCCUUUAUUCGAAUUGCUCAAAAACAUCACUUGCCCAUCCGGCAAGUUAAAAACAGAAUUCGCUAGCCCGAUAACAAAAUCCACUUGCCCCUACUUUCUUUGCACACUGCUGUGUUUCAUUUUCUCAUGCCUGGUAGAAAAAUUGAGCCAUUACAGCAUUAACUGUUGAAAAAUGUAUUUAGUAAUUAUUAUUUAAAGAAUCUGGAACUGAGGAGAGAAAAGAAAAGUCCGUGUGUUGUCAAUGAUCGACUUUAUCUGAAUUCUCUUAUUUUAGUAGGGAAAGUCACAGGAGAAGAGUUCCUGUUCCCUCAUGUUCCUGUGUUUGUGUUAGACGGAACUCUUCAGGAACGUCUUCAGACGUCUUUAGAUAUUAUUAGACCCCUAUAGUCAACUCCCUUUACAGCAUGGAAACGCUGUAGGGUCCUUGAGUUAGUGUCCUCAUUUAGUGAGAGUUUGUAAUAGCGGGAGUUUAUUUCAGAGUCAAACAACUGCAAUUUAUUUUUACCUGGGAUUUUGCUGCUGCCUGUAUUAUCAGGAUGUCCAUCAUUGGGGGGUGUCUGCAAAGUGAGAGUUGAGUGUUAAGAGAUGACUGACUGUAUAUUCAAUAAUUGUGCAAGAUUCACACUGUCUACUAAAAUUAAUGUGAAAAAACUUAUUGAAUGGUUGUCUCAUUUUCAGUUUCUGUCCAGAGAGACAUACAUUUUGUAACUAUACUGGAAGGUGUCUACCACAUGGAGAACAUUGUUGCCCAACAGGUACACAUUUGUUAUUUAUCAUUGUUGUCAAUGUCUUCAUAUACUGUAUUUAUUUGAAUAAGCCAACCUCAAAUUAGGGCCCACCUGAGCGCCGAUCCUAAAGGCAGAAAAAGGUACAUGUAAUAAGCGCCCAGCCUCGAAUAAGCACCCAGCCCCCCUCCCACCCCCCCAAAAUUGAUAAAGUUCUAAUGAGAGACUUUCCUGGAGACGGAGUUUUUUCGGAGUAUAUAGAAAUCUUGCUUUGUUAUGUCUUCGCAUUUUGUUAUUACUAUUUAUGGUUUUGUUGCAAAAUAAGCAUGUGCCCAGCCUCAAAUGAGCACCCAGGGUGGUUAAUCGAAUAAAUACAGUAUACAGGUACCACAUAUUGCUAGUUUGCAUUUUGAUGUCAUUAAAUUUCAUCAUAAAAGUUUAUCAGUCCUUUCACAUGUUAGUCUCAUCAUGUUUAAGAGCAACUGUCGGAACAUUUCAUAUUAGAUCAAGAGUAACUUAAGAUGGAUUGAACAGCUCUGCCUGAUUAACACUUCUUUGGUUGAGUACCAUCAAUGAUGACGAUAAAAGAUACUUUUUCCUUUGCUUCUACAGUUUAAAAAUGAUUUGAAUGAGUUGCUCCCUAUUUUUUCUUAGCUGCUAAGGAAAUUUCCUAUUUUAUUUCUGAGUUGUUAUAAUUAUUGUUAUUAUUUGACAAAAAAAUUAUGGUGCCAAAUCUGUGAUGUUAUGUCUUUCUCUGCACUGGCAAGUUUUAUUGUAGCACAUGCAUAUCACCAGUGUGUAAAGUUUUUGGUACCGACCCCAGACCUUCUCAAUUUUUAAAAAAAUUCUAUCAUCAUUUAAGCAAAGGGAAACAAAUGAAAUGUUCAAAGGAAGUAAAUUUGCUGAGUUUUAAGCUCAAAACCUUUUUUUUGGCAAAAUCAUGAUUGCAUGAUUUGCAUACACACUGCAAAAGGUCAUGAUGUUACGACUGUUUUUAUAUACCGUUGGGCAAAGUUAAUACACCUUGGCCAAUCAAAGUGUGUGUAAUAUCUUAAUUAUUGUAUGGAAAAUAAUAUUUGUUUCCAUUUAACUCUACAGGAAAAAUCAUGUGCAACGUCACUGGCAUUUGCUUGAGUCCAGAACGUUGCGGAGGUGAUGACAAAUGUGAAAGUACAGCAAAAGGAUUUACAGUAACUAUGGUGUUCAAAGGUGUUAGUUUUAGCAAGGUUAAUGGCUCAAUAAGUGAAUUUACGCGGAAUGUUCUGCAAUCUCUCUGGAAUGUGACAAACAGUAGUUGCAUACGGGAUUUUUUAGCGGAGUCAGGCAGCAUCAAUGUCACUUUCACGAUGACUCCCCAGAAAGGCCAGUCUACUGAUGAUUUAAUCAAGACAAUAGCUAAACUGGAAGCAGCUGUCAAGUCUGGUGACUUCCGUGUGGUUCUGCCUUCAGGCGAAGUUAUCACGGCUGAUGUUAACUCAUUCAGAGCUACUAGAAUUACUCCCACUGUCCCGCCGCCAACAACAGUUGCUACCACCACAGAAUCAAGCAGUAAUAAGACUACUAUCAUCAUUGUCUGCAGUGUGAUUGGUGGACUUUUGCUUAUUGUUAUUAUCAUCCUCGUAGUCUACUGCUGUAUGAAGAAGAAAAAACAGCAAAGAGUCUCUCCAAAUUCAUCAAGAGCCAAACUCCAGGAGGAAGUCCCUAUGAAAGACCAUCCAGGUAAGUUUUUUUCACUUAUUACAUGUUUUGCAUGUUGAAGGUUUCCUUGCCACGCGAAGGCAGAAGCACAGAUGACGUCAAUUACCACCAGACACUUACAAGGGCACAGCCAGACCUGCAACUUGGAUUUCAGUAUUGUUAUUAAAAAUACAGAUAAAGAGAAUGGGAUUUUGCUUUAUCAUUAUUGGUUUUUCCUGCCAUUGUCUUUGUGGUUUUGUAAGCUCAUGUUUCCAUGGCAACACCACCCUUUGUUCAGUUCACAUUUCUUUGUCUUUCAUUAGUCCUUCACAAGAAAUUUAACGGUUUAAAUGUGAGACAUGCCCGGGAGCUUUCCUACAUGUAGCUGAAAUGUAGCAAAUUUUAUAAUAAGCUGUGUUUUUUGUUUACCAACCGUUUCUUAAAUAGAAGAUGAAUGUCAGUGAAACAAAUUUUCCGUUGGCAAACACCUGGAAGGUCUAUAGCAGAGAUGCCAACCUCUGGAGAUCUAAAAUCUGGAUACUCUCUUUUAUUCACUCCCCCCACCACCGCCGAAUUUCAACAUCCCCCCCCCCCAACAAAUUGACCCAGCCCCUAAUGGGAAUGACUUAGGACAUUAUAAUUAUGAAGUCUUACAUGAAGUAUAUACUAUCAAAAGUCACAAUCAUCAUUUUGAUGCCAGAAAUAAUCUUUGUCAGAUGGCUUCUUUACCUAUUUAAAUGUCCAGCCCUGAAUCCCUCUUGCUUUGUAAAUAAAAAGAAUUCUUAAUUUCUGUUUCAGGUUCCAAUAACAACACUGGUCUGGUUGCAUAGAAAAUGGAGAACACCUCUUGACUCUUUCUGCCAGUUACUGAUGGAAGCAAGCUUGCCAGAACUUGAUUCUUCACCAUUACCUGGAACUUGUGAAACGAUAAUUAAUUAUUUAUAGUUGUGUGGGAAACACGGUUCCUCGUGAUAACAACUGGUUUAAGGCAAUUUUUAAGUCAUCACAUUAUUACCCAGCUUAAACAAAAUGCCAAGCUAAUAGAGACAAGAGGUUUAGGUUACUCUCCAGGAUGUACUAAAUGAGGUUCCUGUUGGCUAAAUGUCAGACAAGUCAUUUUGGAGUGACCUAUCACUGGAUACCUGUCUUCUCAGGAGCUGGUCGUUUAUAACCUUUGAGGUGGGUGGGGGGGCAUUUUGAGAAAGCUUUAGUAAGAAGGUUUUCAAAAUAACCCCCCAAUUCAGCCUAGCUUUUUAGAAAUGAUCCCCCAGAUAUUUUACGUAAUUGUGAUAGUUACCCCCCACCCAAUUGCUAUGGAAUCCACAAAUAUUAUAGCUACAAAUCGUGCCGAAGUUUACCACAUACUUUAUUUACAGUCAUGUUUAUGAGAUCGGUGUUUACUAUUUACGGCUGUUACAUUCAAUUUCAAUUCAUGCUCCCACUGUUUUGGGCUACUUUCAGGAAAUUUAUGAAAAUCAUCCCUCAGGUAACACUCCCUUAUUUGAAAAUGUGCCCCCAAGAUCAUUCAAGAUUUUGAAAUGACUCCCCAGCAAAAUGGCACGCUCUCUCUCACAGGUAAUAAACGACCACCCCCUCAACAAAAGGGGGAUGCCAAGCAGGGUUCAAUUUUAGACUAUUAUAACUGACCUGGCUGGCCAGCUCUGACCAAAUCCAGAGGAUCAGGCCAUUUGACCCUGUGGCUCUCAAUAUCAUUCAUGGUAAGAUUACCCCUUUCUAAUAUCCACAUGCAAAUUCUCCAUACGGUCACUUUUGGGACAUUUUUUAAGGGCUAUGGGUAUACUCUGCCCUUUGCUGCUUUUCUAACCAUGGAUAUUUGAAAUACUGCUAAAAAAAAAGGGAAAAUAGGAAAUAAAGGUUAGUACAAUUUACUAAGGUCCAUUAAUUUGUCAAGGAAAGUUAGAGCGCUUUCCAUUGGUCAGAACUGGCUGGCCAGUCCUUUGCUGGACUAGCCAUUUUGACAAUAAAAUCGGUUUUUUUCAAGGGUUUUUGCUGAAAACCAUCUCCUUCCUGCACACUACUUAGGAUUUGACUGAUCUGGCUGGAUAGUUUUGAUUAAUAAUGAAGUUCUCAUUUUGACGGGAGGGGUCCACUCAGUUCUGAAAAAAUGAAAAGUGCCCUUAGACUUCUUGCAGAUCUGUGCAGUUAUUUCUCCUCUGAAAAAAACUGUUAGAUCCAAAGAUAUAAUUUUCCUUUGUAAAGGUUUUAUUUUGGCUGAAAACUAUCAAUACUUGGUCAAGAAUGCUCUGAUAUCCCUACUUUGGGGAGAAUUUGUUUUACUUCUGUGAAAAAAGUUUUAUUUGUAAAUAUCUAUUAAUGCUUACAUAACAACCUUGAAAAUGACAAAUGCACAAUAUUUAAUUAAUGCGCCUCAAAGUAUUUCCUGUGCCGGGAACAGGUUUUGCUUUAAUGGCCCCGGUUCCUUAGCCCUUUCACUGCCAGAGAGGAUGAUGGAGUUUUGUAAGGCGACUCUGCGGACCAAAUCCUAUGAUGUGACCAUUCAAAUGAAAGCUCUCUGCCUUUACUUACUCAUGGUGCUAUUUGUUCGUCAAAAUUUUAGAAAUUGAAAUUUGGUCGAAAUUUGCCUUCGGCCUCAUUUGGCAGUGAAAGGGUUAAAAGAUGCAAGAUUAAGUUUAACCCAGCGUUAAGCCAAAUGUUUAGCAAGGGUUUCAUGUCUAGAAACUUCUGAUACUUGCAACUGAAGUUGAGAUCCAUUUAUAAUAACACAAAAGGAAGGAAGGAAGGAAGGCUAAUACAAUGGUGAAUUAACUUUUCUUAUCCCUGAUCCGUGAUCAUGGACCGGACCCGGAAUACAUCAUCUGGUCUCAAACACUUGUAUAAUAUUUGUGAGUUUUGAAGACCUUUUUAUAGCACGGAAAGUUUAUUCUUCUCAGUUUUAUCUUAUUUUUUCCCCAAGUAGCCG